AUGGCACGAAUUAAACAACAAAACACCCGUUCGAGGGAAGAGCCCCCCCCUCGGAAUCGUUCCUUCGGAAAACUUGAGACCAAGAGAAAAUUAAUAAAGAAAAUCCAGCAUCGACAGAUUCAAGUGAAGACGAAAAAGCCAUCAGCUCGCGGCAGCUUGGCCUUGAAAGAAAUUCGUAAAUAUCAAAAAACUACUAAUCUAUUGAUUCCAAGGCUGUCAUUUCAAAGAGUUGUGAGAGAAAUUGCUAAUAAUAUGAGUACGAGUCAUGAAUUACGCUGGCAGUCUGAUGCAAUAUCGGCUCUCCAGGAAGCUGCUGAAACAUAUCUGACAUUAUUGUUUGAAGACUCUAAUUUGGCUGCAAUCCACGCUAGACGUGUAACCUUGAUGCCACGUGAUAUGCAACUGGUCCGCCGUAUCCGCGGAGAAAGAAACUAA